CCUCUUUCGUUCCCAGCAGGCUUUGCGCACGGGAAGAUGGCGGCGUCCUGGUGGAGGUCUUGAGGAGAGCAAGUCGGCAGGCAUGGCGUUGGCGUCGGGGCCCGCCAGGCUGGCGCUGGCUCGCCCCGGACAGCUCGGCCUUGGGGGCUGUGGGGCCCCGAAACGCGGGGCGUACGAGUGGGGCGUCCGCUCCACGCGGAAGCCCGAGCCUCCUCCCCUGGACAGGGUGUACGAAAUCCCUGGACUGGAGCCCAUCACCUACGCGGGGAAGAUGCACUUCGUGCCAUGGCUGGCGCGGCCGGUCUUCCCGCCCUGGGAUCGCGGCUGGACGCAUCCAAGGUUCUGCCAGCCGCCCCCCGUGCACGAGCAUCCGCUGUACAAGGACCGGACCUGCCACACCUUCCACCAGCGCUGCCGCCUCCUGGAGGGUGUAAAGCAGGCCCUCUGGCUCACCAAGACCAAGUUAAUUGAAGGUCUUCCCGACAAAGUACUUAGCCUUGUUGACGACCCACGGAACCACAUAGAGAACCAAGAUGAACGCGUUCUGAACGUGAUCUCUCAUGCCCGUCUCUGGCACUCCACUGAAGACAUCCCCAAGAGAAAGACCUAUUGCCCCGUCAUUGUGGACAGCCUGAUACAGCUGUGUAAAUCCCAGAUUUUAAAGCAUCCUGCUCUGGCCAGGCGGAUCUGCGCCAAAAACUCCAGGGUAUCCACCACCUGGAACCGAGAGUCUGCUCUCCUUCAGGUCGAUGGUAUUAGCGGAACCCGGCUGAAUGCCAAGGAUCCUCUGCCCCCCAUCGCCUCCAGAGAGGAAGUUGAAGCUACUAAGAAUCAUGUUCUCGAGACGUUCUAUCCCAUAUCUCCCACUAUUGGUCUUCAGGAAUCCAAUGUUUAUGAUGAGAAAGACGACACAGGUUUCCAGGAGGGUUAUCCUUACCCCUAUCCCCACACUCUGUAUUUGCUGGAGGCAGCCAAUAUCCGACCGCUACGCUUUCAACCAGAUCAGCUGAGGGCCAAGAUGAUCCUGUUUGCCUUUGGCAAUGCCCUGGCCCAGGCCCGGCUUCUCUAUGGGAACGACGCGAAGGUUUUGGAGCAGCCAGUAGUCGUGCAGAGUGUGGGCACUGAUGGCCGAGUCUUCCACUUCCUGGUCUUACAGCUGAACACCACAGAUCUGGCCUCUAGUGAGGGCAUCAAGAAUCUGGUCUGGGUGGACUCAGACCAGCUCCUCUAUCAGCAUUUUUGGUGCCUCCCGGUGAUCAAAAAGAAGGUGGUGGUGGAACCUGUUGGGCCAGUUGACUUCCAGCCGGAGACGUUCAAGAAGUUUUUAGCUCUUUAUCUGCACGGUGCUGUGUGAGCCAAGGCCCUUUCUGAGGCCCGAAAUCCUCUCUCCCUCCCCCACGGAAGAUGCUGCAUCCUGGGCUGAGCCUGGGGUCCCCCUGACAAUAAAGUGUGCUUCCGGUGCACUGGA